AUGCCGGAGCAAAACCCAAUGCAAACCACCGCGGGGUCCCCCACGGUCUCGAAAUCCACAAUCCUCAUGUCGGGCCUCCUCGUCGACGUCUACGGCCUUGCAGAGCUCACACCGCUCCGCCCGGCCGCCGUCUCCGUCCUCUGGCUCUACCACGGCCGCGGCCGCGCCAAGGAGGACAUGGGCGCCUUCGCCUCGCGCAUCAUCUCCCAACACACGUCGUCGUCGCCGGCGGAAACGAAGAGGGGCCUCAUCGCCGUGGCGUUCGACCAGCGCAACCACGGCUCGCGCCUCGUCUCGGACAAGGCCAACGAGUCCUGGCGCGGCGGCAACGAGAGGCACGCCGUGGACAUGUACGCCAUGGUCGCGGGCAUGGUCAGCGACACGAGCGGGCUGAUGGACGUCGUCGAGGGGUACCUCAAGAGCGAGCUCGGCGGCGGGGCCGGAGAGUGGAGGGUCGAUCAGCAUGUCGCGCUUGGGGUGAGUCUGGGCGGGCACAGCACGUGGCAGGCGCUGUUCGGGGAGGAGAGGAUGGUGGGUGGGGUUGUGAUCAUCGGGUGUCCUGAUUACAUGGCAUUGAUGUCGGACCGCGCGCAGAGAUCGAAGCUGGCGACCUUCUCUGCGGAGGACGCCGGGGCUUCAUUCCUGGGCAGCAGGGACUUCCCGCCGGACCUGGUCGCGGCCUGUCUGCGGCACGACCCGAAGGGCAUUCUCUUUGGGACCGGGCCCGUGCCGACCUCCGCGGUCGCCGAGGCCGCUGAGCAGCAGCGGCUGCGGGGCCUGCUGGACGCCCGUGUAAGGGGCAAGAAGUUCCUCGUCUGCUCGGGCGGGGACGACAAGCUGGUGCCGUACUCCAAGGCGAAGCCGUUUGUGGACUUCUUCGAGGAGGCGACGAGGACGUGGUACGUGGACGGGGGCGUCGUGUUUGAGAACAUUGUGUAUGAGGGCGUGGGGCACGCGUUCAGCGAGGGCAUGAUUGAGGACUCGUGUCGGUUUUUGCUGGAUGUCGUCAAUGGGGCGGCAGAGAAGGGAGCAGAGAACAGGUCAAAGAUUUGA